AUGAAAGCCCGGGUUUCCACGUCACUCCACACGGCCUUCAAGACCCCGGUCCAGGGCCAUGGACGUGCCAGGCAAGGCUUGAGGCAUCUCACGGUGACGACGAGCGCAUACUCAAGACCGACAACACAUCCUUGUGAGAAGAGUACACCCUGGCGCAGCUCAAGCCGACGAUGGCAGACCCCUGCAGCCUCGUUGUGCCGCAGACAUCAAAGCACGUCGACGCCAGCAUCGAGCAGUGCCGCCCUUCCACGGGUCCUCGUCAAUGACAUGGCAAACCAAGAGCUCAUUGUUGACUUCAACACGAGCAUCGCCCUGCGCUAUCCGUCCUUCUGGUUGAGAGACCACUGUCCCUGUCCAGACUGUCAGCAUCCCAGCACCCAUCAACGACAACUCGACACAUUUGCUAUCGACCCGGAGAUCAAGGUCUCGAGUGUUCAGUCCACGCCCGAGGGGUUGGAAGUCACUUGGCCUGGAACGCCGACGACGACGGCAACAUCAGCAUCCAGCAGUGAAGCGAGACACAGGAGUGUGUAUCCGUGGGAAUGGCUUCAGACGCAUCCCCCGUUCAUACAAGCCACCAACAAGACUGCUGCAGCGGCUGCGCCCAAGAGACGAUGGACACACGUCUCUCCGUCGUCCCCGUCACUGCCUCGAGUGCCCUACCCAUCCAUCAUGGACACCUCGUCCCCGGCGGGCUUGACACAAUUUCUCGACUCUAUCCACACCUACGGUCUGUGCUUCAUCCCUUCUACGCCGCCCACCCCCCACGCCACGCAAUCCCUUGUCGAACGCAUCUCGCACAUCCGGCCCACCCACUACGGCGGCUUCUGGGACUUCACCUCGGAACCCAACCCGAUCGACACGGCGUACACGGACGAUUAUCUCCCGCCACACACCGACACGACCUACUUCACCGACCCGGCAGGACUGCAGCUCUUCCACUGCCUGACUCCUGCCGACAAGGGUGGCGAAUCGACCUUCGUGGACGGCUUCGCGGCCGCGGCGCACCUAUACGAGAAAUUCCCCCAGCACUACCGCGCGCUCAGCACGUACCCCGUCGUGUCGGCGGCGCUGGGCUCGUCGGCGGGCGAAUUCUACAACACGGCCAGUUCUCCGCAGGGCUACCCGGUGUUCGUGCACUCGUCCCCCCCGGGUCUGCACCAAGGCCCCAGCCCGACCUCGCUGGUGCAGAUCCGCUGGAACAACCUGGACCGGGUGCCGCCGACGUCGUCGCCGUUCCCGAACCACACGGCCCUGAAGGCCUGGUACGCGGCGGCGCGCGAGUGGAGUCGCGUCCUCGAGAGCCCCGAGUUCCUCAUCACCGUCAUGCUGCGGCCCGGCGAGCCCGUCAUCUUCGACAACUGGCGCGUCCUGCACGGCCGCCUGGGCUUCGAGGGUGAGAGACGCGUAUGUGGCGCCUACGUGGGCAUGGACGACUUCCGUGCCAAGUGCAGAGGCUUGGGCCUAGUCGAGGUGUAG